GUUUACUUUGAGUUUCAAAUCCCAUUAAAUUGUCUAACUUUUUAGAAAUGUCACUAGAAUUAUAUACUAAAAGACUCAACGAAAUCGUUCGUCCAACAGGGAACGUCAAAGAACAACUUUUGUCAGCAAUCAAGGACAUCGAAGCCAAAAUAGAGCAUCUAAAAGAAAUAAAAAUUGUGAGAUCUCUCAUGUUUGUCAUGCGUCUGAAGAUCUAAAAGUUCGUAUGGAAAAGUUGUUUGAGGGAAUAUCAAAAAAUCAAGAACAUAUGGUGGGCUUAAUUCCGAAAGUAUCCCCCUUGCACGAUGUAGCAUAUCCAGUAAUAGAAGAAUGUGAAGCCCUAACAAAGCAGUUGAGGAUCUUGGAAUUCGCUGAACACUUGUCAUUUCUUGAGUCUGGUGUAUUAUCUGCUAGAAUAAUUAAUGACAAGGACAUUCUAAUUGAGUCAAUUAAACAAUAUUUUUCCUUCCUUAAUACUCAGUUAUCGACUGAUCCAGACAUUUUGCCCUCUAUUUUGGAACAAUCUCAACAGCAUAAAACGUGUUUAGAUUCCUUGCUAUAUUUAAUGACGGAUUUUGAGUGCUUACUAAAGAAACUAAAUUUUCCUGUUAUUGUAUCUGAAGUUCUUGAGGAAGAAGGAUUACAAACGUGGUGUGAUGACGAUUUGCAGUUAUUUUCCAAUGACUUUCAAGCUCUUUCUACAUUCGAUAUUUCUCAUCUAAAUAUUUUAAUAUCGAAACCGUUACUAAUAGAUGUAUGCUUUCCAAUGCAUAUUAUUCUGGCUCCUAUGGAGAAGCGUUUUCGUUAUCACUUUUGUGGCUCUCAGAAGACAAAUAGAAUCGAUAUGCCUGAAUGGUACAUGUCACAAGUUCUUCAGUGGAUCCGAACAAAUGAUUAUUUUGUUACAGUGGUCGAUCGUGAUUUUAUCUCUGAGAAAGACAAUACUCCUGUUAGCGUCCGAUUGCAGCUCAUGCGUGGUUUGGUCACAUUGCUAUUAGACAAACUACACUAUGACCUUGGUAUAUCUGCUUUUAUGCCAGUACGAUUUGGUUAUCAAUUUCAAAUGCGACGUUCUAACUCUGAAAUAUUAAGUUGUCUUAUGGACUCUGAUCCCGGUAAUAGUUCUAGUAGUGAAUUGCUAGAAAAUGCACAAAAUUUCAGCCACUUAAUUGAUGUCAUAUUACAGACGGAUGCGAAAUUAACUCAGCUAGCAUAUCCAAAUGAUUAUCCUAAACCGAGUGAUGUGCUUUCACAUCCCAAAGUUUUUUCACGUUGGCUUUUACUAGAACAGUGUUUAGCUUCUGACAGAUUAAAGCUUGUCCUCGGGAAUUUCUCAUCUUGGUCUGUUGUUGACGAAACUGAAAAGCGGCCCCAGUGUGUCGAUGAUUUCAUUGCACUUCUCCAUGCUGUAGGUUUUAGAAGUCGACAACUAUCUGACAAAAUAUCACGGGCUAGAUUUGUCCAAAUUCAGUUGAAUUUAAUUCGUGAAUUUUUUAAUGAUAUCGUGUUGUCAGCACGUCGAAAAUUCGAAAAUGAUGACUCAAAUGACCUUGGUCAGUCAAAAAACAAAUCUGAAGUUAGCAAUGCUAAAACAACAGUGCUUGGAAGUUUGUUUUCAUCACGUAGUCGCUCGCCAAACGCUAGUUCAGAAACUAAGAAAAUUUCAAUCAUCAAUCAGUUAUUCAAUUGUUUUGUUGAUGGGAUUGGUCAGAAAUUAUCUUCUCGGUGGAUAAUUGUGUUGAACGCAAUCAAAUGUCUUCACGAUGUGAUGUUGGAAUGGGCCAAUGAUCAAUAUUACGUAACAUUUUGGGAAGAUUUAAGCACUCGCGCGUUAUUACAGUUUGGAGAUCCUUGGCUAAUUGACAUUGGUCUUUGUCCUCUUGUUACCGAUGAAAUAGUAAAGGAGUCAGAACAGAAUGAACCUAAAAAUGAAACAUUUGACGAGUUGCAUUCUUCCAAUACUUACCUUGGUUUACAUGGUGGUGUUUUCAGUCAGAUGCUAAGAUUGUACAAUGGUGAAAUUAAAAAUAUGUUGAAAGAAACAGUCGAUUUAACAUUGACAGAUUUAAAAAGUAAAUCUUGGGUAUAUGUUUAUGCAACUGAUCACUGGCUUCGAACUAGUUCUGUUUCCGGUUAUUUAAGUAGUAUGAAAAGUGAACUCUCCAACUUAAUGAUGUCAGCUAAUGCGUCAGUAUUCUUUCUUGCAUUACGUGACUGGUUGUAUCAGUUAUCAGAAUCAUUACAUCCAAAACUUUUCACACAUGUAUGGAAAGAAAUUGCAUCACAAUUAGAUGAUUAUUUGUAUAAUGAGCUCAUUCUAUCAAAUCGAUUUAGUCCUCUGGGUGCUGCACAACUUCGUUUUGAUCUUACUAACUACUUGUAUCCAAUGUUCAGUUUGUAUACUGAACGUCCUGAGUCAUAUUUCUUUCAAAUUCGUGAUGCAUGUGUUCUGCUAAAUUUAUUGCGUGGAACAGCCGAAUUAUUGAGAGAAACUAUCAUGGAAUCAAUGAAUAGCCAACAGAAGCGUGAUAACGAUCCACUUGGGCCUUUACUUGAAUUAGGUGUUUAUAGACUAACUCCGGAAGAAGCCCUUCGUAUUUUGUCCUUACGUGCCAUUCCAGAAUAA